UUAGCUCCACCGGAAGUGUCUGGGUGCAUCAAAGAGCCACUGAGCAUUGCAGUGAAGAUGGCGUCAGAGAAAUCAGCCACUUCGGAGUGGAUUCAGUUCUUCAAAGAUGCUGGGAUCCCACCCAGUCUGGCUGUUACCUAUGCAGUGUCCUUUGUAGAUAACAGGAUACAAAAGAACAUGCUCAUGGACCUCAGCAAGGAUAUCAUGAUGGACCUGGGAAUCUCUGCUAUUGGAGAUAUCAUUGCCAUUCUCAAGCAUGCUAAGGUGGUCUACAGACAGGAUAUGUGCAAGAUGGCCACUGACGCCAUUAACUCCGGACAGACCAGUGUCCAGGCUGAGCUGAGACGCACUGCGAACACACCUGCCACCCGCAUGAUAGCCAGUGCUCUAAGCAGGGAUUCGCCACCAAGCACGCCUGCGCAGUGGCCUGACAACCGUCUCUCUGUGACCGUGUCCAACAAGGGGGCCAAAGGAGUUGCAUCGAGUGAGCCAGCCGAGGAAGGGAAUGGCCUGCCAGUGAAGCGACGGCGUGUUACUGCAGAAAUGGAGGGCAAGUAUAUUGUAAACAUGCCAAAGGGAACAACCCCACGCACACGACGCAUCCUUGCCCAACAGGCCAAGAAAGGGAAGGGCCUGAAACGCACCUCUGUGUUUGAGAGACUCGGGGCUGAGUCAAAGGCAGACACUACACCCUCAGCAGCUGCCAAGACCACAGGCGUGUUCAGUCGGCUAGGUGGUGGCCAGGAGGACGCUGGCUGGAGAGAUGGACCCAAACCAGGUGCUGCUGAGGAGGAGGACGACGAUAGUGACGGUGAAGGCUCUGUGCUCCAGUACGCAGGCGUGCUCAAACGGCCUCACCUCUCCACAAAGAAAGAACUGGCUGCUACCAAACCAGCUGCUACCAAACUAGCUGUUACCAAACCAACCAAGACGGCCCUGAGCAGGCUGGGCAACAAAGUGAAGGUGCCCCCCAACGAGUCCUCUCCUCCACUCCCUUCGUCUACUUCCUCUGUUCUUGAAGGGGGUCCCAAGCGGAGCAUACUGCAAAGACUGGGAAAGCCCCCCAAAAGUGGCUCUGGUUCCCUCAGUGCCUCGACCAAGCCGCUCCACUCCGACACUUUGCCCUUGGCUAGCCCCAAGGUCAGCAGCAGCACAAGUGCUGCAGGCUCAGCAGACUGCCCCAAUGCCCAGAUGGAUGCCAUGGUGGUCAGUGUUUUUAAGAGACUAGGUGCCAAGAGGACCUAAGUUGACAUAUCAAAAAAAAAAAAAUCUCAACUAUUUCUCCACCACUCCUCACUUACCUCACGUUACACAGGCAAGACAAUUUUGGGCAAUGGGUUUUCUUACAGAUGUUCAUUUGCAACAAAUGAGAUUCAUUCAGAUUGAGUCAAUACAUUUACAACGGAGUUAGUUGAAGGUGUGAGAUGCAAAGUAAAAUCUGAAAAUAGUUAAAAAAGGUUAUAUGAUGGUGGUUUGUUUCGACAACCCUGUAUAGGCAACAUAGCGAUGUAAUUUACAGACCUGCAUUUUAAUGGUGUGGAGAAUGCAGCCCAUACUAGCACCUGAUUCCCUAUAGGAGUUUUUAUUGCCCUGACUUAUUCCUGAAUUCUCUUAUGCUCCCUUCUAAAGCAUGUCGUGCUAGAUCUCACCAUACCUCUCCAUUCUCUGACACAAUUAUUGGAUAAUGGGAAACCAACUCUCAACAUUAUGGUUGCAGUUUGCGUGGACCAGAGCUCAACACCUUGGUUAUCUUCAUGUGUGUAGAAUGCUAACAUUGCAUGCUUAUUUUCAAUUUACAUCCAAUCAGAAAAUGCAUAUCAGUGGCCAAGUGCCACUUGUUUAUUGUUUGUUUGUUGACUGUUUGCUAAUAUCAUGCAAAUCAUUGUUUCCCUUUCAACGCUUACCGUUUUUUGUUUUGUUUUUUUUGUUGCUCUUUUUGUGGCCAAUUUUAAAAAACUAGGUAGCCCACAUAUUAACAGCAUUUUUCAACUGCACCAUUAUAAGAUACAAGAUAUUUUACACCAGAAAACUGGAAGAUAUGUUUCACUGAUACCCCAUUGUCAAAUGUAUCAUCUGAGAUAUGGUACUGUUACUGGAACUUGGUUGUUGGACCAGCAGCACUGUUAGAUAGUUUUCUGACAUCCUGUGGCACAGUGUUCCAUUCUAUUUAGGCUAUAUAGACAGCCUUUAUACCAGCAGCUCUGUUAUGCCCCUUGGGUUUCCAACUCUGCAUAUUUCAUAUCUUUAGUAGCCCUCUUGGUUAGCUGAGCACAUUUUAUUUGGCAAGAAGAACAUUUGAAUUACCCUGCUUUCAGUGCUGACCCUGUGGCAGUAUUGAAAACCUGGUGACAUCGUUUUCCCACAUUUGUUUUUUGCCCAACGACAAAGGAAUUGGCAUUUUUCGUAUUAUUUUGCCAUGGCCUUGUCAUUCAUGGAGAAAUUGGAGUUGUUUGUUCCGUCACUACCAAUAUGAUGCUAACUGCCCUUAGCGUGUAAGCAAUGUUAGCUGGAGGUCAUUUUUCGUUAGCACAGUUGAGUCGUUUUUUAUUAUGGUGUGUUGAGAGUAAUUUCCGUUAGCACAUUUAUGAGAUUCUUUUUAUGUUGCACCAAUAUUCUAUGACACUCAUUGUUCUCAAUGUGUCUUAUUGGAAGGGGAACCAGAGCUAGACCACUGGCUCAUGUUUAAGCUUAAGAAAGUGCAGUUGAAGAAUACCCUAAGGGUUUACACGUUUCAAUUUUAUUUUAUUGUUUUUAUUCGGUAGUCUUCUGUCAUAUUUUGAAAUGUCUAAAAGAAGAGUUGUGUGGCAGUGGUUUUGGUAUUUUAUAAAAAUCAUGUAUUGAAAACCUUGUGUAAAUUGUAGAUAAAAUGUUCCCUGCCCUUUUUGUA